ACCUCUAUACCAUGCUGAAGUUACGAGCCUUCAGGACGGGCGCGACCCAACAAGCCCUUCAAGUUGUUCGGUCUGUACUUGAAAACAGCACAGAACCGCUGACUACUCAAGCUCUCUGGAAACACGUCGUUCGCGAUGAGUCUGCUUCAUUGGGCACGAACGCGAAGUUCGAUCCUUCACAACAUGAAAACUCCACGGAACCACCGUUUCCUUCACAUGCAGUGAGGUCCAUGAGUUAUCUCAAACACGUCGUUUUGCCCGAACUUGUCCGCCAAGAACAAGCGAAGAAGGUUCAUUCAAUUCGCACUCUCACUCCAGAGGAGGUUCAACAGAGGCUGGCUAUGUUGUCUAAGAGUGCGAGGCAAACCUCCCAAAUCUCUACGACGGCAGAUAUCUGGAUGUGGGCAAAGGAUACACCACGUCCUCAGGAACCACCACAACCGGAGCCCGAGCCAUAUGGAAAGGCAGUUGGUGUGGGCGAGGAUUGGUCACAUUUGAACCGACGGAGGAGAAGAGCUAGGGAGGAGAAAGUAGCGAACGACGUGAAGUGGCUUCGUGCACUCGAGAAGGCGAGAGCGAAGGGUUUGCAGGACAUCCCUAGUGCGGCGCGGGCACUACCGCCAGCAGCAUCUUCAGCAUCGUAGGAUGCUGCACUUCGAUUUGGCUCGUGGCGAGUUCUUACCAUUGUUAUAAUGUGUAGACGCCAUUUUGCGCUCAUAAUAGCUCCCUUCCAACAUGACCAUGGUCACAUCCACCUCAUACUUUAUGUGUUCAUGCCACGCCUGUCAGUAUUCAUUGCCCUCAUUUAGAAGCUACAUGAAGUGAAGGUAAACCUAUGACCUGCCGCAAAUAGCAAGUGUCGUUUUGUUUGACAGAUUGAUCUACUUGCAUCCCACAAAGCCCUUGGAUCUUCAUCUCUUCUCUCUUCCAAUUGCAGCAAUCUGGUCCGAGAUCGUGAAAGAUACCCCAAACCACUGAUGUCCCGUCUACGUUUGUCGGCCACGCAGACCCUCAACGCAGCGCUUGCUGCUUCGCUGAUCGCAAAGGAAGUAGGAGACUCGUUCCCACCAGCAGCGGCUGCCGCUGGCGUUUUAUUCUUAAUUUUCGACACCAUCAAGCAUUUACAGACAAACCAGACCCAGUGCUACCGUUUGGCAAAAAGAUCGCUCGACCUGCUUGUUCAAAUCAAGGAACAGAUGGAGGGACGCAUGGAUACAGCCCCUCCGUCACUUCUGAAAAACCUUGAGAAAUUUGAGAAGACGCUGACAUCCAUCCACGAGAAAAUGCGAACAUACAUUGAGAAGUCUUGGAAGUCGCGACUGCUGAAAAAGGGCGACAUCGAGAAAGCCAUAGAAGAAUUCAACGCUCAAUUGAAUGAUGCAGCUAGAUCCUUUCAGAUUUCAACGCUCAUAAACAUACACUAUGCAAUUGGUGAUAGGACACUUUCAACAACAAUCUCCUCAGAAGGUGGUUCAAGUCUCGACAUUGCUUCAGUUGAAAGCCCUGUGUCUUUUGAAGAUGGUCAAAGCGCACUUCUAGGAUCUAUUGACGACUAUCAUCUACUAACCCGAACUGAGCAGUCUAUCUCAACCGUCGCGUCAAGCGAUAUGGUCGGUAGCAGCUUUGAGAUCGUCUCAGCUAAUUCCGGUUCAGACUCUCCUCGAGAGUAUGGAUUCCAAAGGACACAGUCUCCAGUGGCGUCUCUGGUAUCCAGCCAUUCGUCUACAAGUAUGGGAACCCACGACAGCAGACACAGAGAGCUCGACGACUUUGAUGUUGUUGACGAUCCUUUCGUUGACGCAGGAUCGGUCGAUCCUUCUUCCAAUAUAAGUACACCGAAGGACGAGGCCCUAAUCGACCCAAACGCGGCUAGUAUCACACAUUGGCGGGAGUAUCACCAGUCGGAAAUAAUACUACAAGGUCGUUCCAAAAUUAAAGAUGGAUGGUGGGCCGGAACUCUAGAGGUGCCCCUUGAAGGUCGAAUUGUUACAAUUAAGCGAUAUGAAGGCGAACGAGAAAAGGCAUUAGAGCUCUGGCGAAGGGAUUUGGAUAUCUUGAAGAAUAUCAACCAUCCAAACCUGCCUACACUGCUGGGACAUUCCAUGCAAGAUAUGCCAACGCCCUUCGUGAUUCUCUCCGAUGUCAAGACUCGAGCGUUGAGGCUAUUUCUUCGAGAUGAAGUUAAAACUGGCUCUGUUUCUAGUUGCGUCGACCUUUUAGUCCAACUGUAUGAAGAUACUUUGGCGGCUGCUCAAUAUCUGCAAGCCCUUCUCCAGUUAACAGAUUCAAAAAUGCAAGACUACGUUGAGAACGCAAGCUAUCGCAUGACAAGCGAACGGAGAAUCCUCAUAGGACUCCCGCCCAUCGAAGUUGAUGAUAUGGUAGCAUAUCGCCAAUGGAAGUUGUCCGAUUCAGUGCGAGAUGUUCUCUUACAGGCUUUACCUGUUGGUGACUCUGAAUUGAAGAAAGAGGUGCAAGGGUCAUUUCGCGAAGCUCUUAUCAACGCUUGUCCUUGACAUGAUCCUGUAGGCGGUGUCACUGAACCAAAGGAGAGCUUAUCGCCUAAUUCCAUAAAAAGUAUAGAUCAUUGUACAACGUAUAUACGCAGCAAGGUAUAAACCCGCAAGAUUAAUACAUGCAGUCAAUGAAAGCAUGGAUUACGA